AUGUCUUCAAAUAAUAAUCGGAUACCUUUAUCAAACAAUGGAUCAAGAUUUAUUGAUGCCUUUCUUCCUCCUUUUUGUGCCCAAUUUUCUAUUAUCAACGAAAUGCCUCCACUGACUGUCAAAGAACAACCAAUAUUCAAAAAUAUCGAUCAUCCAUCCAAAGACUUGUACACUUAUAAUUUAUUACAAUGUCCUCAUCACAAAGAGGAAGUAAUUAAAUGGCUUGAUACCAAUGAUGAAAAUUUAGUUGAAGGACUUUAUAAUGUUCUCACUUCAAAACCAAGAAUGGAUGAUGAAAUUAUUUUAAACUCUAAUGGUGGUAGUUUAGUACAACAAGAUUUGAAUAAUAAUAGUAAGAAUUCAGUACUUUUGAGUUCACUCUUAAAAUUCCAGGAAGAUAAAGAAAAUCGACCAAUCAAUCCUUCACCUGUAUCAUAUGAUUUAUAUAAGAAAUCUUUACAAAAAGAAACACCAAAAGUUACUUCUAAUACUACACCAAUCAAGAUUCGUAAAGCUAGAAGAAAUAAGAAAUUAAUUGAUGAAGUUGAGACACAAGAAAAACCAUCUUCAACAGUAUCUAAUGGUCAACCUUCAAAACUAGUAAUUAAUGCAAAACUUGCUCCAAAAACAACAAGUGUCGAAAAACUUAUAGGAGCACUUGAUGAACUUUUUGCAUGGAGUGACUUUAGACAAAGCGAAGAUGAAUUGGUGGAAGAAAAAUUUCUUAAGGAUGUAGAAGUUGAAAUAGGCUUGGCUCAUAAAAAUAAUUAUUUGAAAGAAGUACCUACGGAAAAAUUAAUUAAAUUGUUAAGUGUGCUAGAGAGUCAAGUUAAUGUAGGAUUAGAAUUAGUUAAAGUAGUAUCAGAAACUUCAAGAGAAGAAUUAGUAGAAUCUUUAAAACAAGAUAAGGAUAGUAUUAGUAAGGCUUCAAGAUGUGCUAUACUAUCAUUUACUGUUAUGUCUGGUAGAGGCGUUUCUAAGGAAACUCUAAAUGAAGAAUGUUUUGAAACCAUUCUUGAUUUUACCAAAACAGUUUUGAGAAAAUAUAUUUAUCCUAUUGUAGAAUCAGAAGAAGCUCCAAAAAAGAAAACAAGUAGAAAAUACAGUUGCAAUUCAGAGAUGAUUCAAUUGUGUAAAAUUUUCAAAAAAUUAGACAAAAUUCUUAGGAAACAGUCUUUGAAAGACGAAUUUAUUUUAACAAUAUCAGAUAUCGUUGUUUCUACUUUCUUUGUAAAUGGUAUUGAUGAUAUACAACUUGCAUCAUUGGGUGUUAUUACAAAAAUUUUCUCUUCUUAUCCAGAUCACAGAGAACAAAUUCUUGGUGAGAUAACAGUUUCUCUUUUAAGGCUUCCAGCCAACAAGAAGACUGACAGAAGGUUUAGAAUACCAGAAACUUCAAUUCAUAUCCAAAUGUUCACAUCUCUUAUGCUUCAAUUAAUUCAUUCAUGCACUGAUAUCAAACGAAAUGAAACUUCUGUAGCAAGAAAACUCAUCUUUGAUAAUGUUGAAAAUAAUUCAGAUGAUGAUCAGGAUGAUGAUAUUAUGAAGGACUCAACUCCUGAAUCAGAAGACAUUAUUAUUACUACAUAUGAACAAGCUGUUCGUUGUGCCACAACAUUUUCAGAGUAUUUCUUGGAAAGAUGUACAAAAUCAGAAUCUGUGGAUGGAGAUAAUAGACUAAUUAUUGAACAUUUUGUGGAGGAUUUACUGGUGGUUCUUCCAUUGCCAUCAUGGCCAGCAGCAGAUCUUUUACUUCAAGCGUUAGCUAACAUUCUUUGCAAUAAGUAUCUCUCUCAAAAAGAUAUUGCUGAUAAGUAUAGACAAUUGGCUUUAAAAAUUUUGGGAAAACUUGCUGCUAGAAUUAAAGAACUUGAAUUUAAAAAUUUACAGUUCAUGAAGGACUACAUGUUAACAAUGGAAUGCGUACAGGAUAACAAUGGUGAAACUAGUAAUACUAUGGAGUUACAUACUACCAAAUUGCAAGAUGAGUUUAAAACUUUAUUUGAGUUGGACGAAAUUGACAAGAUGAAACUUUCGCUAUUCACAUAUCUCAAUAUGAAGCAAAAAGAUUAUCCAAUGAUUUCUUAUUCUAAACAGUUUACAAUCGCUCAGUGGUUUUAUGAUGAAAGAGAAAUAGAAAAGAAAGCACCAUUCUACAAAACUUUAUUAUUGAGAGAUGAUACUGAUACUGUAAACACACCCCUACAAGAUGUCGAGUCACAAAAUUUAUAUAUUAAUAUUCUUUGUAACAGAAAUUCAAGUAUCAUUAACAAGUUUGACUUUGUCUUUGGCCAAAUUAUUUCAGAACUGAAGGAUGACAAACCAAAAGUCCGCGCAGAUGCUAUCAAAGCUUUACAAACAGUUAUUAAUAUGGAUUCAUCUGUAUUAAUGAAAAAUUACGUACAACUUGGAAUUCGUGAAAGAACUGUAGAUGCAUUCCCUUCAGUGAGAGAGUCUGUUAUUGAUUUAAUAGGAAAUGCUAUGAUAACUCUGAAAAGAUAUGAAGAUUUUUAUAUCAGAAUAAUAUUAGAUAGAGUCAAAGAUACAUCAAAGAGUGUUAGAAAGAAAAGUAUUACAAUUCUGGGAGAACUUUGUUCCUUAAUUACUGAAGAUAAUAUGAUUACAGAAAUUUGUAAAACUUUAGCAAGUAGAUUAAGCCAUCAAAACAAGGAAGAAGAUAAUAUCAAGGAACUAGUUUUAAAAACCUUCACAAAGCUAUGGUUUGAUAAAAAUACCACAGAAAAAUUCAAGCUAAGUGGGCUUCAAAUUGUGGAUGUUAUAGGAAAGCAAGCAAUAGAUUUUAAACAGUACAAAGAUCAUUGGCUCUAUCAAAUUAUUAAUUUGGCCAGUAUGUCAAAAGAUCACGAAAAAAUUCAAACUUCUCUUAAAAUGAUAAUUGAAACUCUUAUACAACAUGUAAUCAAAUUGGAUAGCGAAGAAAAAAAAGCUACAUCGCCUAGCGAGUUAUUCAAUAGGUUUAAUAUUGUAACUUGUAUGAGUGCUUUACAUUUGAUUUGUCUAGCUGAUCAUUCUUUAUUUCUUUCUCACUUUAGAAAUAUUUCUGUGUCAGAUACUAAUCUGCAAAGCGAAGCAAGAACUUGCAGAUUGCUUUAUGCAGCAGCACUAUUUUGCAGAUAUCACGACUUUGAUAGUACUUCAGAUAUGAUUGAAAAUAUUACCAAUCAAAACUUGAAACCUGGAAAAAUUGUACAAACUAUUUACAGCAUCACUAUUGGCUGGAUUUCCAAAUCGUCUGAAUUGAUCAAGCAAAAAGCAGCCAGAUCUUUAGGAUUCUUAUUGAUAAGACAACCUAAACUUUUCUUGGUAAAGCAAACUCAAACUGCUAUUUCACAAAGCUUGUCCAGUGAAAAUAGGGAUUUUGUCUAUGAAGUUGUCUUGAUGUUUAAAGACUUUUUACUGGCUGAAGAAUCAAAGCUAAGCUCCGCUACCCACCAAGAGAAUAUGGAUGCCGGUGUAACAUCAACUUUAAUGUUAAGCUACAUUGAUGCAUUGAUUGCUCUUUUAGACGAUACUACUGAUUAUAUUAGGCAUGCCACUCUAGAAGUUUUAGAAUUAACUGUACAACAAGGAUUAACUAUUCCUUCAAAGAUAAUGAAAUAUACAUUGGCAAUGGAAUCAGAUCCUAAUAGUGAUGUUAGAGAAAAAGCCCAUACUAUUAAUUUAUACCUUAAAGACAGAUUUUUAAAAAUGUUUACCAGUGAAGCCAGACAUAGUUUUUCAAAGGCAUUUAUGCAUUUGAAUAAUAUUAAUGAGAAAUCUGUUAUAGUGAAAGGAAUAAUUGAUGGUAAAAGUGCCUUCCAUGGUAUUUAUUCAUUCUUGUAUGAAGUUGCCGAAAUUGUAACUACUCUUGGUGAAAAAUUGGAUAUGUUAGGAGAUAGUGUGAAAGAAGAGCUUAAAAAUCAAAUCAAAAAUGAGGAAAAGGAGUUGAAAUAUGUCAGAAAAUACAUUACACUAUCAUGCUGUUUAUGUUUCUUGAUUCAAUUUAAAAACACACUCCAAGUUAGAUAUAAUUUGACAAAUUCAAAGAUGGAAGAGUAUUCUGCAGAUUCAAAGUCCUUCAUCAAAAAGAUUAUUACAUCCUCCUCUAUCAGGGAUGUUUCUCUUUUAAAACUAUCUCAAGUCAAGACUAUGAAGAUGAAACAAUAG